AGACAAGGGUUACUGCCUGUCCAGCCUCGGUCACCACGGAACACCUUCGAGUGGAUCCGCUUGUUAGAGGAGAACCGAGCUCUCCGAGUCCGGAUCACAGCCCUGCAACAGGACAAGGAGCAGACCAAACUUUUGGAGACAGAGCUGAAUAAGAAAAGAAAAGAAUGUGAGACUCUUGAGGAGGAAGUUAAGAAGAAACAGAAAACAUGCAAGUCUUUGGAGAAUGAAUUGAAAAACGUUCUUCAGGAAAAGAGACACUCAAGUGUUGAGUCAAGCAGCCAUUCCCGAAAGGCACUGCAAUAUGAGCAGGUGAAACCAGAGCAUGAUCGUCUUAAAGAAUCACUUGGCCUUGUGACACACGAACGUGAUUUGGUGGUAAAGGGGAAAGGCCAGCUCCAAGCCAAGCUGGAGAACUUAGAGCAGGUCCUGAAGCAUAUGCGAGAGGCUGCUGAGCGGCGGCAACAGUUGGAAUUAGAACAUGAGGAAGCCUUGGCUGUUCUCAACGCAAAACAGCAGGAAAUUGAAGUGCUGCAAAAGGCUCAGGUUGAAGCUAAGAAGGAACAUGAAGGUGCUGUGCAGCUGUUAGAGGCCAAGGUGCGAGAGCUAGAGGAGAAAUGCCGCAAUCAGAGUGAGCAGUUCAACCUCCUCUCCAAGGAGCUCGAGAAGUUUCGACAGACAACGGGUAACAUCGAUCUGCUGAACAACCCUUUGUCAGCCUGUGAGACCCCCAGCUCUUUUUGUAAAUCCCAGUGCCAGGUGAUGAAUGGACUGGCCACCUCCAUAGGAAAAGGCAAUGAGAAUCCUGGGAGCAGAUCAGUGAUAAGUGAAUAUAUCCGACCUCUCCAGCCAUCUGGUGAGAGGCCUGAGCUUCUCUCUGUCAAGCCUACGUUUCUAUCCCGGUCCAGACCCAGUGGCUCCAGGCAGGGUUUUGUCUCAGAGAUGGACAACCAACGGGAUGUCGAUAACCCCAAAAUCAAAUACUCUGGGAAAGUCCGACUCUGUAUUGCCCGUUACAGUUACAAUCCUUACGAGGGGCCCAAUGAAAACCCAGAGGCAGAACUGCCCCUGCGAUCUGGGAAAUACCUCUAUGUUUAUGGAGACAUGGAUGAAGAUGGCUUUUAUGAAGGCGAACUUAUGGACGGCAGAAGAGGAUUGGUUCCGUCUAACUUUGUGGCUCUAUUGCAAGAUGAAGAACUGCUUUCAUUUCAUUCUUCAGAUAACGACCAAGACAAUAACUUGCUCAAUUCUGAUCGCAACCCUCCAGCCAUCAACCCUGAGAGUGAAAGCAUUCUCCAGGAUUGCAAGGCAGCGAAUCUCUUGCCCGGUCAGAACGAGUGUCCAGUGUACAAUAACGGCACAGGGACCUUAGAUCUGAACAUUGAUGAAAUUGGUGAAGAUAUUGUGCCUUACCCCAGGAAAAUAACCCUGAUUAAACAACUCGCCAAAAGUGUUAUCGUCGGAUGGGAGCCUCCGGUCAUGCCACCGGGUUGGGGAAUCAUCAGCAGCUACAACGUUUUAGUGAAUAAAGAAGUGAGAAACAAUAUUCCGUUCGGGAGCAGAACUAAAGCUCUCAUAGAGAAGCUGAAUCUGGUCAACGUCACCUAUCGGAUAUCGGUUCAGAGUGUCACGGACAGGGGCAGCUCAGACGAGCUGCGCUGCAGCCUGUUAGUGGGCGAGAAUGUCUGUGUGGCCGCUUCCUACCUGAAAAUGGACAAGAUCACGCAGAUGUCCGCGGAGCUGUCCUGGUUGCCGAGUAACAGCAACUACAGCCACGUGAUUUUCCUCAAUGAGGACGAGUACGAUAUUGUCAAAGCAGCAAGCUACAAAUACCAUUUUUUUAAUCUCAAGCCCAACACGACUUAUAAAAUCAAGGCUGUUGCCGAACCUCACCAGGUGCCCUGGCAGCUGCCCCUGGAACAGCGCGAAAAAGAAGCUGUCAUAGAGUUUUGCACGCUGCCUGCAGGUCCCCCAGAACCUCCUCAGGAUGUUGCAGUCCAGGCUGGAUCCAUACCAGGAACUAUUCAGGUUAGCUGGAAACCACCAGUGCUCAGUUCCACGGGAACCUCCAAUGGAGCCACAGUCACUGGUUAUAACGUUUGUACGAAAGGCCAAAGGGUAGCAGAAGUGAUGCUUGCUACAGCAGAAGGAGUGACUCUGGAUAUUUUAAGGAUACAAAGCUUACAAACGAGAGAAGUGACUGUGAGAACAUUGUCUGCAGAAGGCGAGUCUGAAGACUCCAGUGUAGCCGCCAUUCCACCCGAUCUCCUGGUGCCUCCCAUCCCCCGACCCCGGGCUGCCCCCAGAAACAAGCCAUUAGCAAGUGCCAGAGCUCCAGAUACCAAAGAAGAUCCAACAGUCCCGACUCUGAGAAGGGCUGAGGCCUGGAAGCAAACUCAUCCACCAUCUCCUGUCCACGGACAUACACUGGACCCGACUUUACUCAACAUCCACGGGCUGCCCGGUACCAGGCGAGAGAAUGGCAGGUCCCCAUCUCCACAGAGAAUCCUCCCCCAGCCACAGGGAGCACCAAUCCCAAACACUGUCGCUAAAGCCAUUGCCCGUGAAGCAGCCCAACGGGUAGCGGAGACCAACAGGGCUGAAAAAAGAAGCAUAUUUAGCGAGAGGAGCAUUGCAUUGCAGAGGGACAACUCGGACGAGGAAGAGGAGGUGUACGACAUGGCAAACGUCAAGCGCCCUGGGAUGUCAGUGGACGAGUUCCUGAAAGGCUCCGAGCUAGGCAGACAGCAACAGUACAGCCACAUAGACGGAUAUCACACUGAGAGCAGCCGGGGGUCUGAUCUCUCCGACAUCAUGGAGGAGGAUGAAGAGGAGUUGUAUUCGGAAAUGCAGUUGGAAGAGGGUGUCCGCAGGAGGCACAGCGCCUCGUCACACAGUGCCCUGAAGAUUCUAGGUAAUCCAUCAGCCACUGGGCGGACAUCAGACCGAGUGGAUUCCUCAGGUCGAAGAUUAUCACACGGAAGCAUUGGAUCGAGGGGAAGGCCAAUGACUGUCCCCUCUAUAGAAAUCACAGUGGACAGUACCAGUGAAGGUCGCUCCCGUUCAGGGAGUGAAGGCAACAUCUCACCAGUGAGGGACGACAUCUAUCGCAGCAUUGCAGGCCGCAGGAAAUGGCCACUGCAGCGUAGUGUGGCGGCCGAGAGUCGAUACGAUCGAUACUGUGCCCGCGAGCACCUCUCCCCGGAACUUUAUGAGGAAUCCGAACCCGAUGCCGGCAGUGAGGACCUGCCACCCAGGAUCUUUGUCGCUCUUUUUGACUAUGACCCGUUAUCGAUGUCUCCAAAUCCCGACGCAGCGGAAGAGGAGCUUGCCUUCAAGGAGGGCGAGAUCAUCAAGGUUCACGGAGACAAAGACGCCGAUGGGUUUUACCAUGGAGAGACCAGUGCAAGGUUCGGCCUGAUUCCGUGUAACAUGGUGUCAGAAAUCCAAACCGAAGACGAGGAGAUGCUCGAGCAGUUCCUGAGACAAGGCUUCCUGCCACUCAACACUCCGGUGGAGAAGAUCGUCAACUGUGAUCGUUACAAAGAGAGCUCCCGCUCUGUAAACCGCAGGUCCCGAAAGUCUAAACGAGAGAGGAACAGGCGGAGUAGCAGACAGCACUCCAUCGCUACACGGAGGAUGGUUGCUCUGUACGACUAUGACCCACGGGAAAGCUCCCCCAAUGUCGAUGUGGAGGCUGAGCUAACAUUCUGUGCUGGAGACAUCAUCACUGUGUGGGGAGAGCUGGAUGAAGAUGGAUUUUAUUACGGAGAAAUUAAUGGUCAGAAAGGUCUCGUCCCUUCAAACUUUCUGGAAGAAGUGCCUGAUGAUGUUGAGGUCUAUCUCUCUGAGGCACCAUCCAGAUACUCUCAUGAUACACCAAUGCGAGCAAAAGGGAAAAGGGUCACUGCUGAAAAUGCUUCAAGAAGGGCUCCAUCUCCAACUGUUCCUCACCAUCACCAUCAUGCUGGAUCCGCCACAGCAGCAGGGAGUGCGGGCAGGGCCAGAGAUAUGUCUGCAAAAAAGAAAAGGGGACUGUUAUCAAAAGGAAAGAAACUCCUGAAAAAGCUGGGUGGAGUGAAGUGAAUUUUGUGUAUUCAUGAUUACCAUACACUUCCACCGUCCUGUUAAAAUUGGUGUAUGAACCAGCCUUCACUGCUUUGCCUUACAAAUGCACAAUGAUAAAAGUACUUCUAUGUUGUCCAGUAAUGGAGAAAAUCUACAUUGUAUGU